AUGUCUGCUACACCGUUCAUACAGGAGCUAACUGCAAAUCUGAGAGCUUCCAAGGCUCAAUUACAGUCUGUCGAGCAGCAAUUAGGCUUGCUGGAGAGGCAGGAGAAACUGGCUAAGUUGACCACGCAGGAACUAGCAACGUAUCCAACAGACAAGGUGUGGAGAUCGUGUGGGAAAGCUUUCAUUUUGCAGGAAAAGUCCAAAUAUAUCGACGAUUUGAAACACGAUCAAAGCGUUGUGCAGGAGCAGACCAAGACUCUGAAGAUCAAGAAGAAUUACCUCGAGACAACGGUGGAGAAGACCGUGGAUAAUCUGAAAGCUGCCAUUGAGAGUAAAUGA